AUGGCCAACCCGCUCAACCGCAAGCAGCGCACCACCGACCACGUCGCGUCGCUCGGCCCGGACGACCCCGAGGCGCUCCUCGGACCCGACCUCGCGCCGCGCACGAGGCCCUUCUCGGUCGUAACCAACGUCGACCCGGGCCUGACGGCGCUCCAGCCGUUGCUCUUGCCAGGUGGAGCGGCCGUGGGCAAGGCGACGUCUCGGAAACGCACCGGCAACGGCGAGCAGCGCAACCUCGUCGAGGGCCACCAGGGCCACCUGCGCUCUGACCCGAUCGAGUUCUCGAAGCAGCUGUCGCUGUGGGCGACGGGCACCGGCUGGCGCGCCUACACCGACUACAUCGGCCAGCCCAUCUUCUACCCGGGCUACUCGGACGACUGCGUGCGCGGCAUCCUCACGUCGCAGCAGCUCGAGAAGCGCAUCCGGUUCGUCGCCGACGCUCGAGUCGCGCAGCUCGGGCUACCAGACGGGCCAGAGCGGGUCAGGAAGCGGGCGCAGAUCGAGAAGGAGUUGAGGAAGAGCGCGGCACGGAUAGCAGACGGGCUCGUCGCCAAGAUGGACUCGGUGCGGUUUCUGCGGUUCUUCGGCGCCGUCGUCAACAACCUGCUCGUCCGCAUGUACGACCAGGGCAUCGAGAUCAGCAUCAACGAGUACGCGCGCUUCAAGGAGGUCGCCCAGAUGGCCGCCAAGAAGAAGCAGUCGCUCCUCAUCCUGCCGUGCCACAAGUCCCACAUUGACUACCUCACCAUCUCGUGGCUCUUCUUCCGCCUCGGCCUGGCCCUGCCGCACAUCGUCGCCGGCGAGAACCUCAACAUGCCCGUCGUCGGCCCGAUGCUCGCCAAGUGCGGCGCCUUUUUCAUCCGCAGGACGUUCGGCGACGACCCGUUGUACAGCACCGUCGUCAAGGAGUACAUCGAGCAGCUGCUCGAGAACGGCAAGAACAUCGAGUGCUUCAUCGAGGGUACGCGCUCGCGCACCGGCAAGCUCCUGCCGCCAAAGCUCGGCAUCCUCAAGAACGUCCUCGAGGCCCUCGAGGAAGGGCGGACCGAGGACGUGUGGAUCUGCCCCAUCUCGCUCCAGUACGACAAGGUCAUCGAGCGCGAGAGCUACGUCAACGAGCUGCUCGGCAACCCGAAGGAAAAGGAGACGCUCGGCGGCCUCUUGCUCAACACGCGCGUCAUCCAGCUCGAGCUCGGCCGCAUCGACGUCCGGUUCCAGAAGCCCUUCUCGCUCCGAGGUUGGCUCGACGACCAGAAGAAGCGCCGCUCAGUACCUCCCGCGACGCCGGGAGCACGCCCGCCAAAGAGCGACCAGGCCACGCUCCUGCGCGCUCUCGGGUACGAGGUCCUCGCCGGCAUCAACGACUGCGCGAUCAUCAUGCCGACGGGGCUCGUCGGCACCGUCAUGCUCACGAUCCGUGGCCGAGGCGUCGGCAAGAGUGAGCUCGUCACUCGCGUCAAGUGGCUCAAGAAGGCGAUCGAGGAGCGCGGCGGCCGCGUUGCCGACUUUGGCGACAUGACGCUCGACGAGGUCGUGGACCGGGCGCUCGUCGUGCUUAAGGACCUCAUCGGCGAGCAGACCGACUUGAUCGAGUCGACCUUCUACCCGCUCUCGCGGUUCGAGUUGUCAUUCUACCGCAACCAGGUCAUCCACCUGUUCGUCGAGGAGGCCAUGCUGUGCGCGUGCUUGUACACCCGCGUCAAGGCCGGCGGCGCAGCUCCCUCGCAGCGCAUGGACCGCGCCGACGUCCUCGACGAGCUCCACUUCAUCUCGCACCUUCUGUCGAACGAGUUCGUGUACGCGCCCGAGGGCCUCGAGGCCAACGUCGACAAGACGGUGCGCGCGCUCGAGAUGGACGGCGUCGUGCUCGUCGAGGACGACAUGCUCGGGCUCAGCCCCAAAGAGCGGGCGGCGGGCCGGGAGAACUUCGACUUUUUUAACUUCUGCGUUUGGCCGUUUAUUGAGACGUACUGGCUCGCCGCCGUGUCGUUGUUCGCCCUCACGCCGACGACGCCGCCACCGUCCGACGACGAGCCGAUCGCAUGGUUCGCCGAGAAGGCGUUCCAGACGAGCGCUCAGCUCCUCGCCAAGACGCUCUUUGCGCAGGGCGACGUCAGCUACCUCGAGGCCGUCAACCAGGCGACCCUCCUCAACGCGUUCCAGCGCAUGGUCGACGUUGGCGUCCUCCUCACGCGUCGUGGGUCGUCGGGCCCGCUCAUGGCGCUUCACCCGGACUGGGUCCCUCGGCGCACGGAGGACGGCACGAUCGUGCCCGAGGGGCGCCUGUGGGAGUUCGUCGAGCGGCUGUCGAGGUUCAGGAGGGAGGGCAAGAACCGACGAGACAACAGGACUGUCUCGACGCGCGUCUUCGCUCACUGCUCGGCGAUCGCUCCUCAGGUCGUCGAGUACUCGGGCUUCCAGCGCGACAAGCCGACGAGCGAUUUCUGGGCCGAGAAGCGGCAGGCCAACUUGUAGAGCUUUGAGCGGUCUUUGUGUGUGCAGUUCAGUUCUAGUUUGUUCCUC